AUGCAAUGCCAGAACGAUCCACCUUUAUUCGAUCUCAGUGACAAUGCCACAAAGAGAUUUUUCGCAGAAUUAGAAGCCUUUAGCCAAAUCUAUACCGGUAUUCAUCGAUACGUGUGUUUGGUGGUCUGUAUAAUGGGCAUCCUUCUUAAUUCAUUGCAUUUCUAUGUUCUGAGUCGCCGACCAAUGCGCGUUUAUACUAUAAACGCAGUACUAUGUGCAAUGGCUAUGUGUGAUGCUCUCACAAUGACAUCCUAUUUGAUCUACAUUGUUAAAUUCCGAAUUUUCGACAAUGACGGUGUAAUUGGUUACUCCUACCCAUGGCUGGUCUUCUUGAUUGGACAUGUGACAUCAUCGAUUGCAUUGCAUACAUGCUCAUUAUAUCUUUCCGUUGCCAUGGCAUACAUUCGAUGGACAGCACUCGAUCGAUUAGAUGCCAAAUGGAUCAAUAAUAGUGCUGUUAGACAUAUUUUCUUCUUCACUGCGUUUUUCGUCACAUUUAUUCUAGACCUCAUUGAUGGUGCAACAAAUUUUUUAGUCCGCGCUCAGCGCCAACAACCCUUGUGUUGGAAACGAACGACAUCACAGUAUUAA